UGGGGACUGGCAUCUCUGUGAAGAGCGCGGGGGGCCCAGUGGCCGGUUUUGUGGGGAGAUGACUCUUCCUUCCGUGUACCAGCACAAGUUCGCUGAGAAACUGACAAUCCUCAAUGAGAGGGGCAAAGGGGUUCUCAUCCGUUUGUACAAUAUCAAAAAGACAUGCACCGAUCCCCGAUCCAAGCCGCCCUUCUUCACCGAGAAGACCAUGGAGCCUUGCAUCAAAUAUGUCAACAAGAAGUUCCCCAAUAUGGACAUGCGGAGCAGCACGCAACACCUGGGGCCGGUCCACAAAGAGAAAGCAGAUAUCUUCCGGGCACUCACUGCCUAUUAUCAGACCUUCGUGGAUGUGCUGGAAUUCCGGGACCAUGUGUAUGAAUUGUUGAACUCCAUCGAUGCCAGCCAGUGCUACUUCGACAUUCAUAUAAAUUAUGACUUCACAAAGAACUACCUGGACCUGAUUGUCACCUAUGCAUCAGUCAUCUUGCUCCUUUGCCGUAUUGACGACCGCAAGGUCCUGGCUGGAUUGUACAACUAUACCCAUGAGAUGAUCCAUGGAACAAGCGAUUCCAGUUUCCCUCGCUUGGGUCAGAUGAUACUGGAGUAUGAGAAUCCAUUGCGCAAGCUGAUGGAGGAGUUUGGGCCGCACACCAAGGCUGUGAGCAAUGCCCUCCUUUCACUGCACUUCCUUUUUGCCCGUCGAAACCACACUGCUGACCAGUGGCGAAGUGACCAGCUCUUCAGUCUGAUCAGCAACCCUGCAGGCAUGCUAGCUCCCGCCAAUUCAGACACAAUGGCCUGUGAAUACCUUUCUCUGGAGUCUCUUGAGCGAUGGAUUGUGAUUGGGUUCUUGCUGUGCCACAGCUGCCUGGGCUCCACCCAGAGCUGCCUGGAUCUGUGGCGGGCAGCUCUCCGGGGCUCACUGUACAUCACUCUCGUACGAGAUGAAAUCCUUCCAAUUCACAAAGUCACCGAGGAAGCCUUUGGCAGUGUCAAAGGCUAUGGGAAACGUAUAGCUGAUAUCAAGGAAUGCAAAGAACACGCUCUGACACAGAGCGGGCAGCUGCAUCGGGGCCGGCGUAAUUUCCUGCGGAACGCUGUGCGGGAGAUGGAGGCCAUCCUGGCUAAUGAACCAGGGCUGCUGGGGCCAAAGGUUGUUUAUGUCUUCAUGGCGCUGUCGUUCUGCCGGGACGAGGUGACCUGGCUUUGCCGCCACAGCGAGCACGUCAGCAAGGGCAAGAACCCAGAAGACUUUUCUGACAGCCAUCUGGCUGAGCUUCUGUUCUUGAUGGAAGAGCUCCGCCGCCUGGUUCGCCGUUACCAGAGCCUCCUCCAGCGCUACUACGUCCAGUAUCUGUCCCGCUUCGAUGCCUUGGUGCUCAGCGACAUCAUCCAGGACCUGACCGUGUGCCCUGAAGAAGAGUCAGUGAUCAUGUCAUCGUUUGUCAGCUCACUCUCAGCCCUGUCUGUCAAACAAGUCGAUGAAAAGACAAAAUUUGAAUUUUCUGGGCUGAGAUUGGAUUGGUUCAGGUUACAGGCAUAUACCAGUGUCAACAAGGCCCCCUUGCAACUACGGGAGAAUCCUGAUGUGGCCAAAGUGAUGAACCUUAUAGUCUUUCACACCAGGAUGCUCGACUCUCUAGAAGAACUGUUACUGGAGACAUCUGACCUCUCCAUUUUCUGCUUCUAUGUGCAUCUCUUGGAGAAGCUCUUUGCAUCCACUAUGGAGGAACCUUCCAUGCUGCGCUAUUCUGUUGCGUUCCCGCUUCUUUGUGCUGACUUUAGCCAUGCCACCCAUUCUUUGUGCCCUGAAGAGUACCCUCACUUGCAGAACUGUGCCUUGGGCCUGUGUAACAAGUUCCUGGAAGAGAUAGCCCAGCAGACUUCUUCAUGUAUCUUGGAUACUUGCGCCGAACAGCGUAACCUGAGCGAACAGCUCUUGCCUAAGCACUGUGCUGCCACCAUCAGCAAGGCCCGGAACAAGCGAGCCCGUAAAGCAGUGUCCAAGAAGGGAGAGCCGGAGAGGGACAAGCCGGGUGCAGAGAGCCACCGGAAGGACCGCAGCUUGGUCACCAAUCUGGACAAACUGCACCUGAUGCUGACUGAGCUCUGUUGGACCCUGAACUAUGUGCCGAGUUUCCUGGUCUUCGAGCACACAGUGACCCCAGCGGAGUACCUCAGCAGCCAGCUGGAGACGCGUCUCUGCAGGGCCCUGGUGCGACUGGCGCAGGCAAGCCCAGGUUCUACAGAGUUAGCGCGCCCCUCCGAAGUGUUGGCAGGCGUACAAGCAUAUGCAACAUUCCUGGUCUCCCUGAUGCAUCGCUUGGGACUGGACACCGGGCGCCUGCUCCGUAACGUGCUUCUGCAACAGACCCAGCCCCUGGAUGCUGCUGGUGAACAGACCCUCACCACGCUCUAUACAAAUUGGUAUUUGGAGUCACUCCUACGCCAAGCAAGCAUGGGUAGCAUUGUCUUCUCCCCCGGCAUGCGUGCUUUUGUCAAUUUGCCCAAAGAGGGAGAGCCGACCUUCAGUGCAGAAGAGUACUCUGAUGUCUCUGAGAUGCGUGCCUUAGCCGGACUCCUCGGGCCCUAUGGGAUGAAGUUCCUCAGCGAUAACCUCAUGUGGCAUAUCACCUCACAAAUGGUGGAGCUAAAGAAACUGGUGACUGAGAACAUGGAUGUCCUAGUUCAGAUCCGCUCUAACUUCUACCAGGCAGAGCAGAUGGCAGUGCUUCUGCCCCGUCUCACAUCCAUAGAAAAUGUGUUGAAGAGGAUGACCAUCGUUGGGGAGAUUCUCUGGUUCCGGUCUUUGGCUCAGGAGGGCCUUCAAGAUGUCUUCACCAAUCACUGCCCUUUUCUGAUGGGCCCCAUUGAAUGCCUGAAGGAAUUUGUUACCGCAGAUUUGGAUAUAAAGGUCACCUUGAGCAUCUUCGAACUGGCCACAGCUGCUGGGUCUCCCUGUGAUAUCGAUCCGGCCUUGGUGACUGCCUUCUCCAAUCUGAAAAAAGACGGCUCAUCCCCUGAGGAGGAAUACAAGGUUGCCUGUCUGCUGUUGGUCUUCGUAGCUGUGUCUCUGCCACUCCUGGCCACUGACCCUUCCUCUGUCUAUGCCUCUGCGAUCAACGGUUUUAACAACAACAUCCACUGCCUAGCUAAAGCCAUCAUCCAAGUCUCAGCUGCCCUCUUCACUAUCUACAACAAGAACAUCGAGAGCCACUUGAAGGAAUUCCUCAUGCUAGCCUCUGUGAGCCUCUUGCAGCUCGGGCAAGACAUUGACAAGAUGAAAGCAAAGAACAAGGAGUCCAUCUCGCUACUGAUGCACUUGCUCGUGGAGGAGUCAUCCUUCCUGACCACCGACAUGCUGGAGACCUGCUUCCCUUAUGUGCUGCUGCGUAAUGCUUACCGCGAAGUCUCCCGGGCCUCUGUCUUGAGCCGUCUUCCCACACGCUGACCCACCUCUCUCUUCACCUCUCAACCUGAAGAUAAGGGCUGUGCUUGCUCAUCCAGAGCACAGAUGCAGGAUUUGUCCCCCACCCCUUGCAGGGCGGAUAAGUAGGAUGGUGGGUAGUUAUAUUAAGGCUUCUUUUGUCUCAGUCUACUUCCAUUCAGAAAUUUUUCCUGUCCUCUUUGGCUUCCAAAAUGGAGCCCUUUUCUUUGGCGCUUCCAUGUGACUGCAUGUUGUAAAUGUCCUCUUUGCAGGUUUCCGUCCUCAUCAUACAUUCUUUCCCAAAACUGCUUGGCUCUAUUUGGAAAGAAUGCCCCAAAGCCCCAUUUUGGCUUAAUACUUUAGUCUCUACCUCCAUCAGAAGUUAACCCAAAAUACCCAAGUAGGGAUGGGCACGAAGCGGCUCACAAACUAAAGUCCAUCAUGAAUUCGGGCUGGUUCGUGGUUCACAAAGCAAUUUUUGUGAACUGAAGAGCCACUACACUUCCAUGGAUUUUGAUGCAGUUUGUGGUGGUUCGUGAGGAGCAGAAAGCAGGGAUUUAAUGGGCUCUGAGCCAUUUAAACCCCUGCCUUCUGCUCUUCAUGAAAAACAGUCAAACAGUUGUUUGGUUUAAAUAGCUUGGAACCAUUUUUAACUCCAGCUUUCUGCUGGCCAUAGCUUAUCACAGCCACCAAAAACUGGGAGUUGAAAUAGCUGGGAGGAAUUUCACCCCCAGAUUUCUGUUGGCCAUGACUUCAUAGCCUGCAGAAAUCUGGGAGUGAAACGCCUGGAAAAGCAGGAGGUUAAAAUGCCAAAAGGCAAGCAGAAAGCUGAGUGUGUAAUGGAGGGAACCAGGGGUGGAAUUCUAGCAGGAGCGCCUUUGCAUAUUAGGCCACACACCCCAAUCUGUAGCCAAUCUUUGAAGAGUUUACAAAAAAGAGCCCUGUAAGCUCUUGGAGGAUUGGCUACAUCAGGGGUGUGUGGCCAAAUAUGCAAAGGAGCUCCUGCAAAAAUUCCACCUCUGGAGGGAGCCAUUUAAACCCCAUCUUCUACUUCCUGCCCCUUUAUUCAGGGAGAAGAAAGCAGAGGUUAAAACUUUACAUGGCUCAUGAACUGUACAAACUGGUUUGGUUCCUAAACCAACCUCCCAGUUCAUAUCGGUUCAUGGUUUGGUCACGAAUCAAACUGCAAAAAUGCAGUUUGUGCCCAUCCCUAUGCACGAGACCGCAUUUAUGCAUCAUCUUCCCGUUAUCCUCACUUCCAUCUUUCCCCCUUUCCUUUGUUUUGCUCACUGUCAAAAUCUCUGCAAUGUGCCCCUUAGGGCAAUGACAUAUCUUUUUUUAAAAAACAAAACAAAAACUUGAGCAAUAUGAACAUUGAUAGCAUUAAAUUGAUAAUAAAACCAUAAUCGCGCUAGCCACCAA